AUGAUGUCAUUACUUCAGUGGCGGGGAAGGGAGGAGAUCCGCGCGGCUCCAGGGAUGCACGGCCCUUCCCGGGCCAAUGGAGACCGUCUGCGAGCACGUCUAGCCGCCUCUCCGUAGAUCUGUGGGAGGGCCUUGCGUGUGUAGUGCCACUUUGGCUUUAAAACAUUGACAUACUGCAGCAAGCGCGGCACUGCACCUGGAGAAACGCUGGAAGUGUCGGAGUAGGAGAUCCAGCGCAGCGCACUGUAACGGGAUGGCAGCCAUCAGGAAGAAACUGGUCAUCGUGGGGGACGGUGCCUGUGGGAAGACCUGCCUGCUCAUCGUCUUCAGCAAAGAUCAGUUUCCCGAGGUGUAUGUGCCCACUGUGUUCGAGAAUUACAUUGCCGACAUCGAGGUAGACGGCAAGCAGGUGGAACUGGCAUUGUGGGACACAGCCGGACAAGAGGACUAUGAUCGACUGCGCCCCCUCUCAUACCCCGAUACCGAUGUCAUCCUCAUGUGCUUCUCCAUCGACAGCCCUGACAGUUUAGAGAACAUCCCAGAGAAGUGGACCCCUGAGGUGAAGCACUUCUGCCCCAAUGUGCCCAUCAUUCUGGUGGGCAACAAGAAGGACCUGCGGAAUGAUGAGCACACAAGGAGGGAGCUUGCCAAGAUGAAGCAGGAACCAGUGAAAACAGAGGAGGGCCGGGACAUGGCCAACCGCAUCAGCGCCUUUGGGUACCUUGAGUGUUCAGCCAAGACCAAGGAUGGGGUGCGGGAGGUGUUUGAGAUGGCCACCAGGGCAGCACUGCAGGUGCGCAAGCGCAAGAAGAGGAGUGGCUGCCUCUUGUUUUGAAGGGCCCCUGGAGCAUGUCAGCCGGCAAGCAACCCUAGAACCCGGAUUGAGAGACACCACAACGGAGGAGCAGCAUUGUGCUGUAUCUUACAUUUCACGCCAAUGAGAUGUAGGAGAAACAAAACCCAAAAGUGGGUUUUCUCAAGGGUACAAGUGGGUGUUUCUUACUACUUUCUCCUCCCCUCCACACUAUAGCCCUCCCCUUUUUAAACCAGCAUAUCUUCCAUUUUGUACAGUGAGGAAUGGAGAUCUGUAUAUAUGUGAAUAAUCAUACAUGCGUUCUCUCACAUACACCGUCUCCCCCUGUGCUAUACAGACCUGUGCCAUUUUCAGCGUUUUUGCUGGUAGUGUUUGCACACACACAUCCAUUCCCCCACAGGCACAAGGUCUAUAAACCCCCUUUCCUCUACAGGCCCAUUUGUUUCCUGAGAAGGCUUAAGAUCAGCCUGAGGAACCUUAGCCAGAUCUGUUGCCACUGCAUCUGUUAGUGAACCAGCCUGCAACGCCCUUCCCAGAGCACUGUGCCUCAAGACAACCCACUGCCAGUGGGUAGUCUGAAAAUACCUUCCCCACAUAACACACCCUAGGUGUUUUGAGUUUGUACUUAAUGGAAACAUGACCCAAGUUCCUCAGUGAAGGAAGUGUUUGCUCUGAAAUGGUCAUCCUUUCACCAGCACUACACAUCAUUUGUAUAAACAUAUAUAAUCAACCUCAACUUCUCUAUUGCUUGUUGGGAUGGCACUACUGGGGUUUGGGCCUGUGAGGUGACCUCCUGGGGGUACACCCUAGACAAAGAUCACUAUGCCUCACUGUGUGUGACUGAACACACAUGUACCAAGUGCUGGUCAAACCCCUCCUGUGUGUCAGUGCUGUUGUCCUUCAAUUUCCAUUGUCCCUGGAGGUAACUUCCUCUCCUCCUUCAUGCAUCACACAGCCCAGUGUAGCUGAGGGGGUCUGCAGGCAUUCAGGUGUGUUUUGUAUUGGAGUGUGGUGGUGAAGUUGGCCUGAAAUGGGGAAUUCUUGACCUAGAUCUCUUCCCCCCCCCCCCCCCAGUAAGCUCUAAGGCAGGCUAUUGGGGCAAGGCAAUCCCACAACUGAAACAUGAAUGAACCUGUGUGUACAUGUAUACUUUUAAGCUUACAAAAAUACACAUAUCCCUCACUGCUGUUUUGUUGCUUUUGCUAGCAGCUCUCUUAAAGUGAGUCACUAUUGUGGAGUCUUCUUAUGCUCCUGUUUCCCCCCCCCCCAAUUCCUUCCAGCCUCACCAGCUAGCACUGGUACACACCCAUGCACAUGCUG